AUGGCGGAACUAGCCCCUUUCGAGCACACGCCCAUGGACGACAUCGCGCCCAUGUGCGCGAAGGUACGCGCCAGCUUCCUCUCGCACAAGACCAAGCCGCUCGAGUACCGCAUCCAGCAGCUGCGGAAGCUGUACUGGGGCUUCAAGGACAAUGAAGAGCUCAUCAAGGAGGCAUGCAAGCGCGACCUGGGCAAGCCGUCGUUCGAGACAUACCUGACCGAGAUCUCGUGGUGCAUGAACGACUGCAUCUGGAUGGCCAACAACGUGCCGCGCUUCGCAAAGGACGAGAAGGCGACUGACAUCCCGUGGACAAACAUGCCCCUCAGUCCACGCAUCAAGAAGGACCCAUUGGGCACCGUGCUCAUCAUUGGCGCCUACAACUUCCCCAUCCAACUCACCCUCGGCCCUCUCAUCGGCGCCAUCGCAGCAGGAUGCACGGCCAUCGUCAAGCCCUCCGAGUCGGCCCCCAACGCCGCCGUCGCAAUCGAGAAGAUCCUGCGCGAGUCCCUCGACCCUGACUGCUACACGUGCAUCCAGGGCGCCAUCCCCGAGACGACGGCCCUGCUCGAUCAGAAGUGGGACAAGAUCUUCUACACUGGCGGAGAGGUCGUCGCCAAAAUCAUCGCGAAGAAGGCGGCCGAGACGCUCACGCCCCUCACGCUCGAGCUGGGAGGCAGGAACCCCGCCAUUGUUACAAAGCACGCCGACCCAAAGCUCGCCGCGAGGAGGUUACUAUGGGCCAAGACACUCAACGCAGGCCAGGUCUGCCUCAGCCAGAACUGCACCUUUGUCGACCGCGAGAUCGUCCCGGCCUUCAUCGAGGAGAUGAAGAAGCAGCUCCAUGAUUUCUACCCAGACGGCGCUCGGAACUCGCCCGACUAUGGCCGCAUAGUCAACGAGCGCCAGUUCCAGCGCAUGAAGAAGAUGCUCGACGCUAGCAACGGCAAGAUUGUCAUCGGCGGCACAAUGGACGAAUCCGACCUCUUCAUCGAACCCACCGUCGUCCAGAUCAACGACAUGAACGACAGCAUGGUCACCUCCGAAUCCUUCGGCCCCCUCCUACCCAUCCUGCCCGUCGCCAACCUAGACGAAGCCAUUCGGAUCGCAAACGAGAUCCACGACACCCCCCUCGGCACCUACGCCUUUGGAAAUAAGGCCGAGUUGGAACAAAUCAUGGGACAAACGCGCAGCGGAGGUGCCUCUCUCAACGACGGUUUCUUUCACGGCUCCAUACCCACCAUGCCUUUUGGUGGCGUCGGAACAAGUGGCCAGGGCGCAUACAGAGGCAAGGCCAGUUUCGAUACCUUUACCCACCGCAGGAGUGUGACUACCACACCAGCCUGGCUUGAGGGUCUCAUGGACGUCAGGUACCCGCCAUACACACUCGCAAAGCAGAAGAAGUUUAUUGGCAUGAACGACGUCAAACCCAACUUUGAUCGUCAGGGUAGAGCACUUGGCUGGGGUGCGUGGUUUAUGGGUCUAGUAGGCCUGAAAAGCUUGGCUGCUGUUGUUGCGGCCGUCGCCAUUAGGCUUUAUUUGCAGCGGAGGGCAAAGAUGUAG